UGGUAAACGUUUUGGUCAAGCUUCUUUGUAUAGUUUUUGAUUGUUUUCCUUGUCUGUUACCUACAAGAGGAUGGUGGAGUGCACACACUGGUCUUCCGAUCACUGAAGAGAACCCAUGACAUGUUUAUAUCAGAUCAGGGUAACCCUCCACCUAAAGAUGACAAAAGUGAACUUAUAAAAAGACUGUGCAAAGUGCAAGAUGAAUAUGGGCUGAUAGCAGAUGUGUCAUCCAAACAGCAGGUUGCAAAGAGACAACAAAAUAAUGAUGUCAUAGAACCAUAUGAAAAUGGGUCAUGGAAAGCUUCAGAACCGCAGCUGUCCAUUCAGGGCACACAUUCGUAUCCAAAUGGACCAGGAGUGCAGUUGACAGAUAGUACAGCCAUGACCACAGAGCCUAGUGGGCUGGAAAACAUGCAGCUAAUGUUACACAAGAAGUCAAGAAGCAAUGUAGGAUCUACAGCUGCAGGUAUCAGUGAGAAUAGACAGCAUGCUGACCACACAGACCCUACUAAGUCUUUGGUGUCCAUUGGGCAUGAGAAGAUGCUGGUUCCCAAGAAAGCUAUAACAAUGCCCAAACCUCAGUGGCACCCUCCAUGGAAACUAUAUAGGGUAAUUAGUGGUCACCUGGGCUGGGUCAGGUGUGUUGCUUUUGAGCCAGGUAACGAGUGGUUUGUUACUGGGGCUGGAGAUAGGGUCAUUAAGAUCUGGGACCUGGCCUCUGGCACACUGAAGCUUUCCCUCACUGGUCAUAUCAGCUCUGUCAGAGGUGUGGCAGUAAGCAGAAGACAGCCUUACCUGUUCUCUUGUGGAGAAGACAAACAGGUGAAAUGCUGGGACCUUGAGUACAACAAGGUGAUUCGUCACUACCAUGGUCAUCUGAGUGCUUGCUACGCCCUGGACAUUCACCCAACCAUAGAUGUCCUAGUGUCCUGUGGCAGAGACAGCUCUGCUCGGGUGUGGGACAUGAGGACCAAAGCUUGUAUUCACACAUUGAGUGGUCACACCAAUACAGUGGCUGAUGUUAGGUGUCAGGCAGCAGAACCACAGAUAAUCACAGGAAGCCAUGACUGUACCGUGAGGUUAUGGGACUUAGCAGCGGGAAAGUCACGAGUCACCCUGACAAAUCAUAAAAAGAGUGUGAGGGCAUUGGCCUUACACCCUACACAGUACACAUUUGCCACAGGCUCACCAGAUAACAUCAAACAGUGGAAAUUCCCAGAUGGAAACUUCAUUCAGAAUCUGUCGGGUCACAAUGCUAUCAUUAAUGGUCUGGCUCUAAACUCUGAUGGAGUUCUGGUUUCAGCAGCUGACAAUGGCACCAUGCAUUUCUGGGACUGGAAGACAGGGUAUAAUUUCCAGCGGAUUCAGGCAGCCGUUCAGCCUGGCUCUAUCGAUUCAGAGGCGGGAAUAUUUGCCUGUACAUACGACAACAGCGGCAGUCGACUGGUCACAUGUGAGGCUGAUAAGACCAUAAAAAUAUACAAAGAAGAUGACUCAGCAACAGAGGAAACUCAUCCUAUUAAUUGGCGCCCGAACAUCAUGAAGAAAUCCAGAUAUUAGAAAGACCCUGUAUUCUUCAUAUCAUCACCCUCAUACCUGGCAGAGUUCAUUUUCUUAUCAGAAAUGAGAAACACUCCGCUGCAUUUUCUGUGCAAGAGUAGGUAACACUGGAGAGCUUUUUCUAUUCAACAAUCAA